AUGGCUUUUAUGGUGAAACACGUGGUGGGAGGCCAGCUGAAGAACUUGACGGGCGGAUUGACGGAGGAGAAACCCGAGGGGGAGAAGACAGAGGCGGCGGCGCAGGGGAUGACCCAGGAGGAAUUCGAGCAAUACCAGCAACAGUUAGAGGAGGAGAAGCAAGAACGAGAGGCUAGUUUUGCCCAGAAAAAAGCAGAGCGAGCCACGGUGAGGAGUCAUUUUCGAGACAAGUACCGACUUCCAAAGAAUGAGUUGGACGAGACCCAGAUCCAGCAGGCAGGCGACGACGUGGUCCUCCCCACGGAGCUGGCAAAGAUGAUCGCCGAGGACAACCAGGAAGAGGCGCAUAAGCAGUCGGUGCUGGGCCAGCUGUCCAACCUUCAGAACGUCGACAUGGACCAGUUGAAAGACAAGGCCCAGGCCACACUUGAAGACCUCAAGAAGCAGACGGAGAACUGUAGUCUCAUGUGA